GGCGGCGCUACGGUCGCGCCGAGUGUUUCCCGCGUAAAUUUUGUUUUGUGUUCGAAAUAAGAUUUUAUCGUAAAUCGUAAUGGUGUAAGAUUGUGUUGUGCUAGAAAGUGCGAGCUGGACUUAGAAAGGUCUAUUCACGAUCCCGGAGGUCCCCGAGGAUCCCGGCAUGUGGUCCACGAUCGUGGACGUGGUGCUGACGUCACUCCGCUACCUCGCGCCCGCGACGCUGCUCACGCUGCUGUGGGGGCAGCACAGCUUCCUCUACAAGCUGCUGAAGUACAUCGACUCGGCGUUCAGAUCCGUGGUCUACUCGAGCGACGAACAGAAGCAGACGGUCCUGCAAUGGCUGGAGACAGCUGGCACCGUCAGGGUGGAUAAGUUGGAGACGGUAUGGCGGCACGGCUGGAUAGUCUGCGGCGUGCUGGACAUAGCUCUCCCGGGAACGUGCACUGGACAUCCACCCACCAAGCUGUCGUUGAAACACGCGCAGUCCAUAGCGGAGGAGCACCUUGGGAUUGAGCCUGUCUUCACGCCCCAAGAACUGGAAUCACUCGAGACCUUAGGCAAGCAUCAGGAAUGGAAGCUGAUCACGUUUCUGGACAACGUAAGAGAAGCCCUAGUCAAAAUAGCGCCGCCCCCCAAGGCGAGCCCUAUUAGAUUUGCGGCAGAAUCCACUCAGCAUACCUUCGAUUACAUAGCCAAAGGUUCAGGAUUGGUAGCCGCUCAAAUAAAAAACAAAACCUUCUUCAAAAUUUACCCGACAGCCCAGCAGUCCUUGAAUCCUGGGGAAAUUAAUAUAGAGAUAAAAGGACCGAAUAAAUCACACGGUACGUUUACUUUGCCGGCUGUACUCGGUAAGGCGCAGGUAAUUAGGCAAAGUUUACUCGGAAGAAAGGCCACCACAAAUUACACUGAAAAUAUUUUACCGCUUACCCAAGGUGCCAGCUAUCUACGAAACUUUGGAAAUAAUGACAUGAGCAAAACUUACUUUAUACCCAAAUUAAAAAGUAAUAUUGUUAUAGAUUCGGAGACUAAUGACGAUCACGUAAAAAUUGGUUAUACUGUGGAAUAUGAGGGGAAAUACGAGAUUUCAAUUACUAGUAAAAAUCUGAGUAUAGCUGGGUCACCGUUUUCGAUGGUUGCGUCUAAUGAUAUUGUAGAAACAUUAGAAAAUGAUAGCUUUACUUUAGAAGAUGGCGAAGAAAUAGACAUAGUUGAUGUGAGCACAGAUAAAAAAGCCGUUAUUAGAAUCGUAGAUUUUGUAACUGAAAAAAUGUUACUUAAAGAAGACGGAUGCUUAGAAAAAAUUAGCAAUGAUGAAGCAAAACAGUUAAUGGGAGCUUCCAAUAAAGAAAAUGCAAAUAUAAAUAAUGAAAAAGAACUGACGAAAGAAACAACAUACACUGACGUAAAAAUAAAAAAUGCUUCAAAAUUAUUUAAAGACGCAUCUAGGAAAAUAAUAAUAAUGAUGCGAGUAAGUAAAUGUUUCUGGGAUUACAAACAAACUUCAAAAACCGAUAAAAAGACUGAAACUAGAAUUCGAAACCAAGAUAUUCCAGACGUAGUAAACUCAACACUUAAUGAUUACCAAAUAAAUACAGGUUUUGUGCCAAAAGUAAGUGAUCGAUACAUAAUUCCUGAACCGAUAUCAGUGUCGUUAAAAACAGAAAAAAUUAAUGAAUCUAUAGAAAAUGAACCCGAGGGCAAACAAAUUGAUAAAGUACAUAGUUACGGCCCACUUUAUGAAAAUAUUUUCGACGAUGAUACACGAAAUUCGUCAAUUAAUCCAUUCGCUGAUGACACGUAUGCCGAAUGCUAUACGACAGAAAAGAAGUUAGGGUCAUUCAUCACUACCGAGUAUGAAACUAAUAAUUCACACAGUGAAGAGUUGCAAAAUCAAUCAGUGGAUUUAGCUAACAAGGAGAGUGAUUGUGAUCAAGUCACAAAUCCCUUUGCUGAAAUUCGAAAAUUAGAUAUCUCCGAAUCUGAGUCAAAUUCAAAUGUUCAAAAAUCUUUGAAUCCUUUUGAUAACACAAAUGAUAAUUGUUAUGCACCAGAAAACCAAACAGAGUUUAUUAUUGGUGCUCCAGUUUCUUUACCGCCAAAUCUAGUAGCUACAUCUUUGGAAUCUAUCAAUACAAAUGCCAGUAACAUCUCAUCAGAGACAGCAUCUUGCGAUAGAUCAGAAACAAAUGAUAAUAUUACUCAAAACAGUAAACAGUUAUUAGAUGACAAGACUUUGAGUAACACUCACCUCACUACUAUAUCACCAAAUAAAGAUAUGUGGGAUUCUGCUUAUGUAAGUAUCGAUGACAAUAACAGUUCGGAUGUAGCAGCAAGUGAAUGUAUCGAAGAAACACCUAACAAACAAAAACAAAUUUUCGGCACUGAUAAGAAUCCCACAACGGAAUCUUUACGAGAAAAAUUAUUACAUGAUAUUAGAGAGAGAUCAAAUUUUAUUGAUAACGAAAAGAAAAAAAUACACGAAUCGAAAAAGUCAGCUUUUACGCCAAUUCAUGAAGAAAAUGACAAGUACGAUACACUUAUUUCAACAAAGAUAGAUCUUAUGACGAAGAGUGAAACUGAUUCGGUGACAGAAGCAUUUGCUGAACUUGAUGACAUUUACGAUGACUAUUUCUCAGACGAAGUAGAAAUCAUGGAUAAAAAUAUAGAAAAUUAUUCCGUUAACAUAAGCUAUACUAAGGAAUGUGACACACUUGUCGAUUCUGCGUCUGAAAACAUAUCAGAUGUGAAAAGACAAACGACAACUUCAGAGGGAGGGACUUCUGAGAUUCAGGCAGAUGUCACUGAGUCAGUUUCAGCAAGUCAAAUCCUUCGUACGGAAAAUACCAUUGAAGAAAACAAUAAUCGUAGACGUAGCGAUGAAACCAAAUUUGGUGACAAAAUAUAUAAUAAUAUUGUUAUAGAGAAAAAACUAUAUUGGGACGAAAAAAUAAGACAAAUUCAAGCCAAAGAACAAGAACUCAAAUCUUUAAAACGACGUUUAUCAUCAAAGUAUUUACGUCGUAACGAUUCCCUGACAAAGAAAAGAGGAAAGAAAAUUGUCAAAAACUUUUUAAAGUCUGCAGAAAAAGAAACUGGAAGUGAUGAUUGGAAUACUACAGAACCUAAUUAUGUUGAUUCUUCUAAUGAAACGAACCAUAAUAAAGCAAAACUCAAAGACAGCUUAAAAAAUUAUUGGGAUAACAAAGUACAAGCUAUGGACUCCUGCUUCGGGAAAAAAUCUGAAAAAGUUACAGAACACACUAGAGGAGAAUCACGUGUCAGUACAGAAACAAAUGUAUUAGAAAAUAAAGGUCAUAAAUUAGACAAACAAGACUUGCCAGAAAAAGUUUUUGAAGCAUUUGAAACAAGUCCAAAGCGUUUCUUUGGUACUUCUAGACAGCAAAUUUUGAAUAAAAUAGAUACCUACUUAGGAAAAUCUGACCAAGAAGAUGAGAUCAAGAGUGUUAGUAGCGAAAUUAGCCAUGACAGUGGACUAGUAUCUAGUCGAAUAUCUUUGUUUCACAAUAUAGCUGAAACAGAGGCAGCAUCUUCGCCAUUUAGAAAACAUAAAAGUCUUAAUAAUAUUUGCACAGAAAAAGUAAGCAUGCACAACAAAAAUUAUAAUUCACACGGGCAACAAAAUUUAUUAGAUGAUAAUAAUGAGUCGACUAGUUCAAAAAUUGGCAACCUAGAUAAAUUUGACAAAAAUUCAAAUUUAAUUAAGGAACCUAUAGUCAGCUUUCAGGUCAAUAAGCUGGAAGGCAACGAGAAUAUGAAGAAUGGUAAUAUUAUUGUCGACACCUCUGCAAAUUCAGUUCAUGAUAAUAAAAACGACAACUUUAUUGGAAAUACAGAUAAAUGGCCAGACAACGUGGAAACCGACCAAAACAUUCUAGAUCAAUGUAGUGAAAGGCCAGAAGCCGAUGAUGAUAGAAAUAGUAAUAGAAGAAAAAGUAGUUUACUAAGAAAUAACCUCAAUUCCUUCAGUAAAUCGGAAAUGGAUAUCUUCAGCAAAACAUCAAAAACUAUAGGUAUAGACCUAGACAUACACAAGUCUUUUGAAGAGCUACCAAAAAAUUCUGUGAAGAAGUUCAUAUCACUUUACGAAGACGUUUCAAAAUCUUCAGACCAAUCCAAUAUAAUCGGAAGCUGUAAGAAAAAUCGAAAAGUAAUUGGAAAUGUACGAAAAGAGAGUUCAACAGAAGGAACUGCUAGGGUACCACUAUCUGAAAUACACGUACAAAAAGGCGAACAUAGAACGACAACGAAAACUUUAAUAAAGGAUAACAGCCUCGAAAGCAACAACGCGACUGGAUCAGGUUUCGAAGUAAUUUCAAUAGAAGACAAACACGCAAGUCGCCUAAGCUUGUCAGAUAUCGACAUUGAAAUUAUUGAAAGACCAGAUAACACGACUGAAAAUAUACGAGAAGAUAAAAUAGUACGAGAAGAUAAUAUAGCACGAGAAGAUAAAAUAGCACGAGAAGAUAAAGUAGUACCAGAAGAUUACGUAGAUUAUAAAAACCGUUUCAAAAUGGCUAAGCAGUAUUUCAAAUCACUAGAAGAGUUGAGGAUAGAAAAAAAGCCAAAGGUCGUUAAAGAAAUUAUAACAUCAGUAGCUGAUAUACCUGAAGAAUCUCUAGAAAAACACGAUCAAAAGGAGAAAGAAAACAUGAAGAAAAGUAAUAUAAAGAAGUCCCACACCAUGCCAUCGUCCGAAUUAUCCAAAAUAUGGAAUCAAAUGCAAGAAGAGGACGCACUCAGUCCGAAAAGAUUAAUGAAAAUCUCAGAAAAAUUUAACGUUGAGGAUCUUUACGAAGAUGUUAUGGAGGGACGAUUAAGUAGGCAGGGUAGUUUACGAGGUAUUCCUAAUAAAAAAGCUGUCCUUGAAACGUUUAGAUCUAUGGAGAAUAUGACACAAUUCAACUCGUAUGAAUUUGCAACCUCACAGACCGUAGAUUUUGCGAACGAAAAUAGGAGUAGAAGUGCUCAGACAUACCUUAGCGAAUACCCCUACUUACCAACUACCGAUCCAUCCAAAUUCCAUUCUAGGCUAGAUGCUAGUGCGUCAGGUCUCAUUACUUUUAAGGAACUUAAAGAACAAAAACAUAGAAAGACAUAUAGAAGAAAUAGUGUACCUAACGCUAGUAUAAAUCCUAUAUUUACAGAAAACCUUUAGUUUAUCUUAGAUAUAAGCAACCAGUACCUUGUUUAUACUGUAAUUACUACAUUAUGCCUUAUUUUAUAGUGUAUAAUUUAAAGAAACGUCACUUGUAUUGUAAUAUAGUAUGUAAUUGUACAAUUUGUACAGACAUUGAAUCUUUUGUUAAA